AUGCUUAAAGUUACCGUUCAUAAUGCUGAACACAUACCCAACGUCGAACGUUUUACUAGUGUGGAUCCGCUGGUUCGACUAAUUUUUCAAGGAGUGAAAAAACAAACAAACUGGCAACGCUCAACAUGUGAUCCCAAAUGGGAUGAAACACUUGAUUUCCCGUUGAAUGGUGUACCCAUUCAAAACAAUGAUAUUCUCGAAGUUCAGUUGAAAGAUCAUGAAACUAUUGGGUCAAAUAAACUCAUUGGGCAAAGUACAGUACCGUUGAGUGAAGUACUGCGUGUUGGUACGAUCAAACGUCGUCUCGUUCAGCUAAUGAAUCCUCAAGGUGUCGUUCUCGAAGCGACGAAACUAUACAUUACAUUGGAAUACGUUUCACCUACGGGUGGUGGAAAAGUACCAACAAAUGGAAAAGCCGCAACCGAUUCAAAUCAAUUCGAUGAUGUACCUCUGCAAAAUGGCGGUGACACAUCCUGGCAAGCAGAUUCUACAGCUGAUCUUGCAUUUAAACGACAAAAUAAACCACGAUCAACAAAACCUCAAGAUUUCCAAAUUCGAAUAAAAAUUUUUCAAGCUCGACAAUUGGACGGAAGUAAUCUACAUCCGGUGUGUCGGGUGCGUGUCAUUGGAGACGUUAAACAAACAAAAAUUCAAAAAGGAACAAAUCAACCGUAUUUCAACGAAGUCUUCUUUUUUAAUGUUCAUAUGUCUGAAGCCGAAUUGUGUGAUGAAAUGAUCGAAUUUGAAGUUUGCAAUUCACGAACACUUCGAUCGGAUAUGAAAAUUGGAACGUUCAAAAUGGAUAUCAACUACAUUUAUGCGCAAGCAAAACACUCCAUCAAUCGAAAGUGGUUGUUGUUGAGUGAUGAUGAUGAUAAAAUGUCCGGUUCAAAAGGUUAUCUGAAAGUAACAGUGAACAUCCUAGGACCAGGCGAUGAAGCACCGGCGCAAGAAAAUGAUGGCGAUGAUGACGAUAUUGAAAGUAAUCUACUAAGACCAGCUGGUCUUAUGCUUCGGCCAGCAACGUUUAUUUUGAAAGUCUACAAAGCCGAUGAUUUACCAAGAAUGGAUAGUGCAUUUUUGCAUGGAGUGAAGAAGAUCUUUCAUGCUACGGAAGAUAUCAAAGAAUUGAUCGAUCCAUACGUCAAUUUUUCAUUUGCUGGUCAGCAAGUGUCAUCAAAAAUUGUUUACACAUGUUCACAUCCGGAGUACAAUCAAGAACUUCGACUCGGCCUUAAAUUUCCAUCGAUGUGUGACAAAAUUACAUUGACUGUUAUGGAUUGGGAUCGGUUUACGCACAGCGAUAUGAUUGGUGUUGGUUUAAUUGAUGUUUUCACGAAAGAUAAUGGCUUUCUACCAACAUUUGGUCCGAGCUGGAUCAAUCUUUAUGGUGCGCCACGAGAAUACUCCGAUGUUCCGACUGCAUUGGACGAUCUAAACAGUGGCAAAGGUGAAGGUGUCGCUUAUCGUGGCCGAGUGUUUGUUGAAUUACAAACUAUUCUUGGUGAAACACCAUCGGAACCAAUCGGUGAAAUAUCAAAUUCGGAUCUUGUUCGAGUAUUGCCAUAUCAAGCACGUAAAAAGUACAAACUCCAUGCCGCAUUUCUUGAUGCAUGCAUGCUAUACGAACAUGAAUCGACGCUGGAAUUCGAAAUGAGUAUCGGUAAUUACGGUAAUAAAUUUGAUGAUCUCGUUGGUGCUGCAAGCUGUUCGACAACGCCACCAUCGAACCCUGUUUUCGAUGGAACAUCUUAUUACUUCCUACCAUGGGGACAUACGAAACCGUGUGUACAAGUCGCUAGUGAAUGGGAAGAUGUUAGCUUUCGUCUAGAAGCGAUGAAUCAAUUGUCAAAAAUUAAAUUGUUCAUCACGGGUCUUCUCUCAACAUUAGACUUAUUGAAAAUCAAACAGACAUCUGAUGAAGUUCUCAUGCGACAUUACAAGCAAUCACUUGACUUGGUCAUUGGUCAUUUGAAAAAACCGUUACCUGAACCCGAACCUGGCCGUCAUCAUACAAAUGAAUUGGAUCGUUUACGACGCAACAUGCGUGUGAAGGAUCUCAAGGAUAUGAUAAGCAAACUGGAGAAUUUGAAAAUGCACGCGAAGUCUUCGCAGGAAAUUAUCAACACAUUGGAAGAUAUUCGAGAGAAUCUUGAAUAUCUCGAAGCUGAGCCACAAGUUAGCAUCCCUGAUGUGAUCAUUUGGCUAUUGUCGAAUGGUAAACGUUAUGCAUAUUAUCGUAUUCCCGCGAAUGAAGUGUUUUACUCAUCUAAUGUCGAUCGUCGUGGUCGACUUUGCGGUAAAGUGCAGACGGUGACAAUGAAAUGGCCGGGAAAAGAAAGUGACAUUGAAAAAGACAGACGAAAUUUCAUUCCAGCGGAAAUCAGAGUGAAAAUCUGGCUAGGUCUUGCUACUCAUGAACAGGAUUGGUUAUCGCAACAGAAAGGCGCAGAUUUGGCGAUCUAUGCAGAAACGUAUGAAAAUCAAACGAAUGUUUUGGGCCAAUGGACAUCAUCAGGGCCACUAAUGAGUCGACCAGCAUGGUCGGAUGCUACUGGAACGAUCAGUUUACCGAAAAAGAACUUUCAAUUGCCACCCAAAUGGCGAUGGGAUGGUGAUUGGUACAUCAGUCCAGAAAUAAGUGCUCGAUAUGCUGAGGAUGCUGGACAUCGAAAGUUUACGGAAGAGGUGUACGAACAUCAGUAUCGUCUGAUUGCUGGUGCUCAAUGGCAACCGAAGGCUGUUCCAUGGACGGAUCUGGCUGGGGACAAAGUACCGAGUAAAGAUGAACGAACGGAGCCACCAUCAGGAUGGGUUUGGGAAGAUGAGUGGACGAUCGAUUCCAACCGAGCUGUUGAUGAAGAAGGUUUUGAAUAUUGUGUUAACCAAACUCUCGGUGGAUGGUGUUCAACCGAAAAAGUAUUUCAUUUAAAUCGUCGACGACGUUGGUAUCGAAAUCGUAUUAUCAAAAUCGAUGCAACACCUGAAGAACGAAAAGAUAAUUUUCUUUUCUUUGACGCGUCGGAUGAACGAACUGCACUGCUCGGUUCAUCCGAUGACAGAGAAAGAAAAGAUCUUCAUGAGCCAUUGAAAAACGAUGGAUGGGAAUACGCUCCAAUGUUCAAUAUGAAAUUUCACGCUGAUGAACGUAGCAUGGAUAUGACACGUCGUCGACGCUGGCAUCGAAAGAUGGUUCCAUCUGCUGAACAGACAUUUGAUGCUUCAGGCACUGAACUUGCAGCCAAUACGGAUAUUGUUUUUCGAAUGCAAUCUCAAGUACCAGCAAUUGCUGAUUCACCGACAAAAUCUGAACAGCAAGAACAAGAACAAGCCGAUGGAUCAGCCACUACUGUUGCAACAACGAAAGAAGUGAAGAUUGAAUUGAAUGCACCGAGAAUGUAUUUAGCUUUUAAAAAACCUUAUUAUUAUGAACUUCGUGCAUAUAUUUAUCAAGCGAGAAAUUUGAUCUCGGCCGAUAACGAUAGUUUUUCGGAUCCCUUCGCUCAAAUUGCAUUCAUUAACCAAAGUCAACGUACGGAAGUCAUUGAGAAAUCAUUAUGUCCUACAUGGGACCAAACAUUGAUCUUUUCAACUGUUGAACUAUUCGGUGAACCUGACGAGAUCCAUCACGAUCCGCCGAAUAUUCUCAUUGAACUAUUUGACAAAGAUCAAUAUGGUGCUCCGGAUUUCCUCGGUCGUGUGCAAUGUGCGCCAAUUGUUCGUUUAACACCUGACGAAACUAAACCAGCAAUCAAGUUGAAAUGGUUUCCAGUUAAAAUCGGCAAAGACGACGCCGGAGAAUUAUUAGCUGCUUUUGAAUUGUUCUUGUUGCCGGAAACUGACAGUGAGAAGAAAAUGCCACCACAUCCGCCAAAACGCGGCUCAUUGUUUGUUGUACCACACUCCAUUCGACCACAGCUUGUCCGCACUGGAAUUGAAAUUCUUUCAUGGGGUAUUCGUAAUAUGAAGACAUUCAUGCUAUCGGAUGUGGACUGUCCACAAGUGGUUUUUGAAGUCGGCGGACACGAAAUCGAGUCCACUAUUAUCAAAAACACGAAGAAAACACCAAAUUUCGAUCGACCAUUACUCUUCCUUGAUGUUAUGUUGCCAAAAGAAGAUCUCUAUGCGCCGCCUAUGAAUAUCAAAGUGAAAGAUCAUCGAUCGUUCGGAAGAAAACCCAUUGUCGGUUUCCAUGUUAUUAAAUCACUCGAACAAUUUCGAUGUGAUCCAACCACACCGUCAUUGACUCUUAUGGAAGCAGCUCAUGCACCAACACCAGCCGAAACACCAAUGGAAGAAAUUGCCACUCCAGUCGACAAGAAGUCCAAGAAGAAAUCGAAGGACUCAUCUAAAUCAGCCAGCAGUUUAGCUGACGGUGCUAUGGCUACGACGACAGUUGCAGUCACAACAAAUGAAACGGAGACAACCAUCGUCGAUAGAAAAUCAAUGAAAAAACGGGUGAAACAUUUCUUGAAAAAGCAUAAAGGAAAUGGCACACCGAUGAAACCGGAAUCGAAAUUGGCUAAAAUACAAAAAUCCAUGAUGGGAAAAAAUCCUCAACAUUAUCAAAGUAUUCCCUUGGUGGAAGAACCGGCCGUUGAAGAAGAUAUCGAUUGGUGGUCGAAAUACUACGCAUCGAAAGGUGACUUCAAUAAAUGUGGCUCUUACACUCAGAAAGGCUAUGAAACAUUAACAAUUUUGAACCAUCCACUAGAAUCGCAUGAAAUCUACGAAGGUUUCAGUGACUUUUGUCGAACGUUUCAAUUAUCUCGUGGCAAAACGAAAUUUGAAGAAGAAAAUGAAAUCGUCGGUGAAUUCAAAGGUCUCUUUAAAGUUUAUCCAUUGCCUGAAGAUCCGAGCGAACCAUUACCGCCUCGAAUCAUGGAAAACUUACCGUCGAGCAGUUUAGAAGAAUGCAUUGUUCGAGUUUACAUUAUUCGUGCAAUCGAUUUACAACCAACGGAUUCGAAUGGCAAAUCAGAUCCUUAUAUUGAGAUUGAACUAGGCAAAACUCGUAUUGAUAAUCGCGAUGAAAAAAUACCGAAUACAACAAAUCCCAUCUUUGGAAAAAUGUUCGAAUUGAAAACAAUCAUUCCAACUGCCAAAGAUUUAACUAUUCGUAUUAAAGAUUGGGAUUUGUUAACAUCCGAUGAUGUCAUUGGUCAAACAACAAUCGACUUAGAAAAUCGAUUUUUAAGCAAAUAUCGAGCCACGUGUGGUCUUCCAUUACAAUACAAUGCAACGGGUCCGAAUCAUUGGCGGGAUAGUGUACGCCCUCGAAAGAUUCUUUUCGAUGUCUGUAAACGUAAUAAUCUACCUGUUCCGGAAUUAGUCGAUGAUCAUACCAUUAAAAUUGGAGAGUCAGUUUUUCGUCUGGAAGAUUUCGAACAAGAAAAACACCUGACAGUUCAUGUUGGUGACGAUGAAGAACGCCUAGCUUUAUACAUCUUGCAUAAACUACGUCUCUGUCCGGAACAUGUCGAAACUCGACCAUUGUUUAAUCCAUUACAACCACUGAUCGAACAGGGUCGUUUAGAAUUGUUCGUCGAUAUCUUUCCAAAAUCGUUAGGAUUGCCAGGACCAACGUUUGAUAUCACGCCUCGAAAACCGAAACCUUAUGUUCUUCGCUGCAUUAUUUGGAACACCAGUGAUGUUAUACUACAAGAAACAUCGAUUACAGGAGAAAAAAUGUCCGACAUCUAUGUGAAAGGUUGGAUGAGUGGUGUUGAAGAGGAUGUUCAGAAAACAGAUAUACACUAUCGAUCGAUGGAUGGUGAAGGCAAUUUCAAUUGGCGUUUCGUUUAUGAUUUUGCAUAUCUACCAGCUGAACGUUGCAUUUCGGUGAAAAAGAAAGAACAUUUCUGGAGUUAUGAUGCAACUGAAUUAACUAUUCCGCCUGUAUUGAAUAUACAAGUUUGGGACAAUGAUAAAUUCAGUGCAGACGACUUUCUUGGUGCGUUGACGCUUGACUUGAAUCAUUUGUACAAACCGGCAAAAAAUUCGGAAUUCUGUACAAUAGACAUCUUGAAUGAUGAUUCUUCGAGUCAUAUAUCAUUAUUCGAAAUGAAACGUGUGAAAGGUUGGUGGCCUUGUGUCGAUGUUGCCGGUGGCGAUCCAGAAUUAACAGGAAAAGUCGAACUUGAACUGGAAAUUUUGACCGAAGAAGAAGCGGCCAAGAGACCAGCUGGCCGUGGCCGAGAAGAACCGAAUGAAAAUCCCAAACUGGAAGAGCCUCAACGACCGGAGACAUCGUUUCUCUGGUUUCAAUCACCAUUCCGUACAUUUAAGAACAUUAUCUGGAGAAAAUUCAAAUGGCACAUUAUCGGCGCAAUCUUUCUGGUCUGCUUUAUCAUAUUCUUACUUUUAUUCUUAUGGGCUAUGCCAGCUGCUAUUUGGUCUCGACUUUUGAAAGUUACCGGAUGUCGUUUUGAAAUCACCCUGAUUGGUUCUCGUCUGAUACAUAUCCCAAAACAAAUCGAUCGAGGAGAUGUUAUUUGCAGCCUUGUUCGUUGCGGCGGCGGUAGUCACGCAGAUAUUCCCGCUCAUAUCCAAGCAAAAAUGUCCACGAAUUGGUAUGUCCGCCAUUUCAAUUCAUUCACAACUCGUGGUCGAGCAAAUUCGGUUCUUGCUGUUCUCAGUGGUUGGGUUCUAUUCGGAUAUACAAUGUCGAAAUUGGCACAGUCGCGUAAAACUAAACAAUUGGUAUCUUAG